UGCAGGUUGAGAAAACCUGUUCAACUCUCUGAAAUGAUCUCUGGACGCCUCUGCUUUACUUUAACUUCUCUCAUGUUGUGGCAACAGACGACUCCAGACUCGUGACUCUGCGCUUUUUAAAAAAAAUCUUCAUUCGCUUUUCCAUUUUACAACGUGUCUAUCUAUCUAAUCAAACAUGCGCAGCCAUACGAAAAACCAAGAUACAUUUUUUUACAGCUCUGUUCUGUCACAUCAGAGCUGAGCAGAGAGCAGUUUCCCCGAGCCCCUCCCUCCUCUUUCCGGCUUAUGCUGUACUCGCAAGAAGCUGACACAACUCGAGUUGAGGUUCACAGCGUUUGUUCCCUUCUUCACAUCUUUAAACUCUGGAUUUCCACGUACUGAUGGAAUGCGGACGGAUUUGAGGAGCGAUGUGUUUUAGAACUGAUGCUGACAACAGAUGUAGCCGCAGUCGUGCGUAAAAGUGGGACGGCACUGAGGACAAAUGUCCAUAUCCAGUGUUUCUUCUGACAUCGAUUGCAACUUGAUGAAACGGACUGUAAAGCGCUCGGCGGGCCGGCACAAGCGUGUGUAUCAAGAAUGAGAAGAAGAUUUGCAAUACUCAAAAAUUUGAAGAUCCUGAUUUCACCUCUAUCACUGCUGAUUGUGUAUAUCCUGCUGCUGGUCAAAGUAAAGUACAGCUUCAUCCCCGAACCACCAACUUCCCCAACAGGUUUAGAUGAUGUGCAGACAUACCACAAGUACAAUAUCAGCUGCCCGGCUAUAUAUGACAUGGACCCAGUGGAAGUGGGUAAAUCUCUGAGCAUUCGAUGGAAAGAAGUUUUGGAGGAUAAGGAUGAAAGUCUUUUUCACCUCACCUCAAACUGCCCAUUAUUCAUCAAGUCCAGAGGUUAUGACAAAGUGUGUGUCUCAGAGGAGGAGAGAGACUUCCCUCUCGCUUACUCUCUGGUCGUGCACAAAUCUGCAUGGAUGGUGGAGAGACUCAUCAAAGCUCUGUACUCACCUGGUAACAUCUACUGCAUUCACUACGACCAGAAGUCGUCACCUCAGUUCAUCUCUGCCAUAGAGGGUCUGGUCAGCUGUUUGCCCAACGUCUUCAUUGCCUCCAAGCGAGAGUCUGUCUAUUACGCAAGCAUCACUCGAUUGCAAGCUGAUCUCAACUGUCUGUCUGACCUUUUGAAGUCAGAGGUCAAGUGGAAGUAUGUCAUCAACCUCUGUGGCCAAGAUUUUCCCCUCAAGUCCAAUAUUGAGCUGGUGUCGGAAUUAAACAAGUUAAAGGGGGCUAACAUGCUGGAGACAAGCACACCCACUAGCUAUAAGGAAAUGAGGUACUCUUUUCAUUACGAGCUGAAAGAUAUCUCCCAUGAAUAUCAAAAACUGCCGAUGAAGACCGAGCAGAAAAAGACUCCACCACCUCACGGGAUCAAGAUGUUCAUUGGCAAUGCCUAUUUUGUCUUGUCACAGGACUUUGUUGUACACAUAAAUUCCUCAGAGGUGGUGAAAGAUUUUUUAGCCUGGUCAGAGGACACUUACUCCCCAGAUGAACACUUCUGGGCCACGCUUGUGCGACUGCCAGGUGUACCCGGGGAGGUGCCCCGAUCUGAGCCUGAUAUCACUGACCUGAUGAGUAAGACCCGGCUGGUGAAGUGGAGUUACUUGGAGGAACACCUGUACCCACCUUGCUCUGGGGUGCACGUUCGCAGCGUCUGCAUUUUCGGUGCAGCGGAGAUGCGUUGGCUGCUUAAUUUUGGCCACUGGUUCGCAAAUAAGUUUGACCCCAAAGUGGACCCUAUUAUUAUUCAGUGCCUUGAGGAGAAGUUGGAGGAAAGACAAAAGUUAUUACAGUCAGUGGCAUCCCCAACCUGUCUUAAGAACAAUUAAUCAACAGAUAAUUAAUCUGCAACAACCUUAAGAUGUAAUGAAAAUGAUUCUCUAUUGAUGCUGGACUGUUGGCUGAACAAAAUAUGACAUAAGAUCAUAUUAAUGAGGUUCAAAGCCACUGUGAAGGGUAGGUUUUACAUAAUUUAAGUGAGAAGCAUCUGGGGGUGAUGCGUUUAUACCCCAGUCAGGAAAUGCUAACUUUUUCAUGUUGAAUAGAUGUUAUUUCAUGAUUUCAUGAUGCCAUUUAUACUUUUAAGAUGACAAAAAGUUGGUUGAUCUAAAUAACCUGUAGCUCUUACUGGUAGCAAAAGUAUGCAUUAAUACACUAUGAUGUCAUUUUCUGACUUCAUUGGAAUGUCAUGAUGAUGUCAUUCUUACCAUAUGAUCACGAUUUAAAAUAAAUCGAUAUCAGCUUUUAGGUCGUGUCUAUAGUUGUAUAUGGUGCAGGGAUACAUGGAAAAAAGCAUUUUUGAACUGUACAUGAGGCCAUUUUCUGACCUCAAAGUGAUUUAUUCAUUACAUCACUUGUCAGAUGAUAUCAGAAGACAGCGGGUAAUUAUCUAAUCAAUAUAAGUUCUAGUAUAUUUGUGGAUAUCAUGGGAAAUUUCUAUAUCAGACCAUAUCUUCUCAGACCUUGACCUUUGGCUAACAGCUCCAGAAGUCUAUCUUCUGAGGCAUGUGGGGGGUGAAGGCCACUGCCUGCUUGCAUGGAUAAGCACAGUGCAGUAAUCAUUGCAGCUCUGGGUCAGUAAUACUUGGUACCAGCACUGUUUUCAUUUGAGAAACCAGUUUCAAAGGCUGUGAUCAGAUUUUCUAUAAUGAAUACCUUUCACCUUAAAGGAUCAGUUCACCCAAUUUGCUGAAAGGCACUAUUUUACUUUGUUGUAGUGCGUAUCCAUGCAGACAGUUUAGGUUUAUAUGCCCAUGGUUUAAGAUAUUUUCUCUCUCCACCAGGUCAGUAGAAUUAAAAAUAAUCAGGAAAAACAGGUAUUUUUGUAGGUGGUGGUUUCAUUUGGAUGAAUGAUAAUAAUAAUAAUAAUAAUGGGUAAUUAUAAUGUCAUUACAUUUGAGACUUAACAUGCCCCAACUUGGUUGUAAUUCUUCUGACGUAUAUGGAAAGAUUUUGGUUAUGAAAGAUUUUACCAAUGUAUGAGUUGUUUUGAGGUAGUCUCAAAAUACAGACUCCUCUGAAAGUAAACUGAAGGUAAUAAUCCAUAAUUUGUCAUGUAAAUGAAGGAUUAAAUUUUGUUUAGCUAUG